AUGGCUGCUGCAGAUACCACAACCCCCGGCCACCAUGUUCUCGUGGCGACAGAGGCUGCUCCAACCACUUCUCCGGUGAAGCCUCGGGCUGCUGCCCUCGAGGCAACCGAAGACAUUUUAUACGGAUCUCUUGCUGGAAUUGUCGGCAAGUACAUUGAGUAUCCUUUCGAUACCGUCAAGGUCCGUCUCCAGUCGCAGCCCGAUCACCUUCCGCUUCGUUACACGGGCCCUCUCGACUGCUUCCGCCAGUCUAUUCGUACAGACGGAGUUAUUGGCAUGUACCGGGGAAUCAGCGCUCCACUUGUUGGAGCUGCCCUCGAGACCAGCAGCUUGUUCAUGUUUGAGCGUCUUGGUCGCGCCUCGCUUGUCUGGGCGGGUCUUUCCCCGCGCGACGCACCCUUGUCUCUCCCUGCUCUAUGGUUCACGGGUGCCUUCUCCGGUGUUUUCACCUCGUUCAUCUUGACCCCCGUCGAACUCGUCAAGUGCAAGAUUCAGGUGCCGGCCGACUCUCUUCCUUCGGCCGCCGGCUCUGCCACGGGCACGGCCAAGACGGUCAACCGGAACCCGCUUUCUGUCAUCCGCGACGUCUACCGGUACGGCGGCCUUGCGGGUUUCUGGCAUGGUCAGGUGGGCACGUUGAUCCGCGAGGCCGGUGGCUGUGCGUCCUGGUUCGGCAGCAAGGAGACAACGUCGAAGCUGCUUCGCGAGUACAACAUCCGCUCGGCAAAGGCCAAGGCCGAUUCGACCCCUGCUACCCUCGCGUCGGUCGCCACUGACCCGCUUCCGCUCUGGCAACAGGCCAUGGCCGGUGCCUCGGCUGGCAUGUCGUACAAUUUCCUCUUCUUUCCGGCCGAUACUGUCAAAUCUCGCAUGCAGACGUCCCCUCUGGGCAGCUCUUCGAUGGUGCCGCGGACCUUUUUUGGCGAGGCCAAGGCGCUCUACAGACAGGCAGGCAUUCGUGGCUUCUACCGGGGCUGUGGUAUCACCGUGGUCCGGUCAGCCCCGAGCUCGGCCUUCAUAUUCAUGGUCUUUGACGGCCUUAAGACAUAUAUCCCGCUGGCAUAG